AUGUUUGAUGGCGUGGUUUGCGUGGUGCGGGGUUGCAAGAAUGUCGCCGACCGCUGGCUCCGGGCACUCCCACGACGGCCGCGCGAGGACCGAGGACCGAGGACCAAGGACCAAGGACCAAGGACCGAGGACCGAGGUCCGAGGACCAAGGACCAAGGACCAAGGACCAAGGACCAAGGACCAAGGACCAAGGACCAAAGACCGAGGACCAAGGACCGAGGACCGAGGACCAAGGACCAAGGACCGAGGACCGAGGACCGAGGACCAAAGACCGAGGACCGAGGACCAAGGACCAAGGACCAAGGACCAAGGACCAAGGACCAAGGACCAAGGACCGAGGACCGAGGACCGAGGACCGAGGACCGAGGACCGAGGACCAAGGACCAAGGACCAAGGACCAAGGACCAAAGACCGAGGACCGAGGACCAAGGACCAAGGACCAAGGACCAAGGACCAAGGACCAAGGACCGAGGACCGAGGACCGAGGACCGAGGACCGAGGACCAAGGACCAAGGACCAAGGACCAAAGACCAAGGACCAAAGACCAAGGACCAUGGACCAAAGACCGAGGACCGAGGACCGAGGACCGAGGACCAAGGACCAAGGACCGAGGACCGAGGACUAAGGACCAAGGACCAAAGACCGAGGACCGAGGACCAAGGACCAAGGACCAAGGACCAAGGACCAAAGACCGAGGACCAAGGACCAAAGACCGAGGACCAAGGACCAAAGACCAAGGACCAAUGA